UCGAUUAGUAAAAACAAAUUUAUUCUUUUCGAAGCCGUAAACGAAACAAAUCAGCAAUGACCUGCGUCGGCAAGGAGCACUGCUACUUAAUCUACCGAGGCAGCAACUUCCUCAAGCAGCGACUGCUCCUGUCGACCUUAAGCGGCAAACCGGUGGAAAUCCGUGACAUCCGCCUGCAGGACGAGGACAGCCCAGGUCUGAGAGAGUACGAAACCGACCUGCUCAAACUGCUGGACAAGGUCACUAACGGAACGCGGAUCAAGGUAGAUCGAACGGGUUGCUCAUUUACCUAUCAGCCGGGGCUGCUUCAAGGUGGAUCCUUCCAGCACGAUUGUUGCACCGAGAGAGGAAUCGGUUACUACCUGGAUGUGCUGUUGGCGCUGGGACCGUUCUGUAAACUUCCCCUGGAGGUCACUCUGACCGGAGUGACAAACAGUGCCGAGAGUCCUUCGGUCGAUCACAUCAAGGCGUCCGCCUUCGCAACAUUGAAACGAUUCCUGCUGGUCGAUGAGGGGUUGGAGAUGACCAUCCGGAAGCGUGGAAUAAUGCCUGGUGGAGGUGGAGAGGUUCAUUUCAAGUGUCCGGUGAGGAAAAUGCUUAAGGCAAUCCAGUGUACAAAACAGACGAUGAUAAAGCGAAUCCGAGGAAUGGCUUACUGCUGCAAGGUUUCUCCGGCUAUGGCCAAUCGGGCAGUGGAAUCGGCCAAAGGAGUCAUGUUGAACUUUUUGCCGGAUGUAUACAUCAACACCGAUCAGCACAAGGGAAAGAGGUCCGGCAAAAGUCCUGGUUAUGGGAUCAAUCUGGUAGCAGAGACGACGGAUGGGAGCAAGUUUUCGGCAGAGGCGAUUUCCAAAACGCUGGAGGACGGUGGAAAUCCCUCGAUACCGGAAGAUGUGGGGAAAGAAGCAGCUAUGAAGCUACUGGAUGAGAUCUAUCGAGGAGGAUGCGUGGAUUCGACUUUCCAGUGGUUGGUUGCGCUUUACAUGGCUCUUGGACAAAAGGAUGUAUCAAAGUUCUUGAUCGGACCGCUGUCACAGUAUUCGAUAUACUUUUUGCAACAUUUGAGGGAGUUUUUCGGAAUCACUUUCAAGCUGGAAAACGCCUCUGCAGAAGACGACGAGGAUGAGGUGGAUGACGACGAGAUGGCGGGGUCUAACAAGGUGAUGAUGACCUGCGUGGGAAUUGGGUAUAGUAAUUACGCUAAGAAAGUGACAUAAAGUUGGGAAAUGUUUGAAUUACAUGUUU